AUGAUGUCGAGCAUAACAAGUCUUGUUCCGAUAUGCGACAGUAGGUUUGCAUCCUUGAACAGCAGAGAUUCUUCGAUGAUCUCGAUUGGGGGCAAAACGAGCGGCAACGCGUCUUCGUUCUUAGAGCAGUCACGUCGCGUGUUGGAAGCGGACGGAUUUGUAGCUCGGAAGCCUUUUCGACGGCCAAAAAGGCGUAUGAGUUCUGCCUUCGCUGGCAUGCUCGGAAGAAAUCUCGGUACUGUCGGCAGGACUCGAGCAGCGUCUGGAGGUCACGGCAUGUCGAAUUCGACUCGAGAGGCGAACGAACCGGGUGAAGACCCGCAUGGUGACGCUGCGACAGAGCCACCAGAGAGUGGUCUAUCGACGCAUGUUGAAAAGCGCAAUGUUUACCGUGAGGUGAUGGCACCAAUGCCGCGGGAUCCGAGAUAUUGUCGUGACUUUUUGCACAUGGACGAAGAGCAUGAAGGUUCCUCACUGCCCUCACAGGGUCCAACAUCGUCUGACAAAGGCACCACUGCUAGAUUGCAAACGAUAGAAAGGCAUAUGAGGGCUUUCCAGAAUGCGUUAGAUGAUUACAGGGAAGUAAGAAAAUCACAGACAAAAAAGUACAAGGAAUUGGUAUUCGUUAGUAAAAGCGAUGAGGAUGACGAUGUUGACGGUGCUGGGGAGUCACCGGGUCAAGAGGAAUCAGCGCCAACUAGUAAGUCUACGAGUGCAUGUGUAGGUGAGCAAGGCACCUCAGAAGAUGAUGCUGGAUCGGCAGACCCUUCAGCCACUAAGGGUGGAGCCAUGUCGGAGCCUCUACCAAGCGGAACUGUUUCAGGCAUCGCGCGGACUGAAGUGAAAGUUUCCGAACUAGAAGAGCUACCUGGCAUCGAAUUGGCACGAAAGGCUUUCGUAGCCUUGCAAGCAGCUGCAGAAAAUGUAAUGAAGGAUGCCGCGUGCAUGCAAACGGAGCAAGUAGGGGGAACAACCCUUCAUGCAUGAUGUCGAAUACGAACUGCCGUUGAUGAUGUGGAUGCCAGUACUACUACAUCAUGAUCAUCAUGAUGAUCACACUUCUACUAUGCCGCUUUCUUACUGCAAUUGUAAACGUGAAGAAGAUGUUGAUGUCAUCUCGGAGCUUCUUUUCCGUAAGGGGAUUCUAGAGUCGGGUUUUGGGGACGUUGGUGCCAAUUCAGUGCUUGUGAGUGAGAAGGUGAGAGCUUGAUUGAUGAGCGAGACAUGCAAAGACGGCUACGAAACUAUGAAUCGGGUCGUUGUUGUGACAAAAAAGUCACGAUGAAAAAGUGACUCUC